CGCAGACCGAUUUUCGUGAGCUCGCCAACGCUUCAAACCGGUGCGAUUUUCCCUCGCUGGGGAUGCUUUUUGUAAGUAGUUGUGAAGGUGUUUGACGUUUCGAGCGAGGGUUUUUGAGGGAUGGUCGCCAAAGCGCUCGCCUUGCGCUGCGGGUUGCCAUCCGGCAAGUUUGGCAGCGUCGCAGAAGGUUUGUUUUGAUUCGCUGCUGUUUGGUUCGUUCCGUGUCGUCACCGCUGCAAGCCGCACAUUAGAAGCCUUCCGUGUUGUUCCUUACCUUAGGGUGUAUUGCCCACUGAAACGGCCAUAAUCUUUUUUUCUCCGUCGCAUUGAAGCUCAGCUCAGAAAACUCAUACAUCGCAUUUUCGCCCAUCACUUCUACGGCCUCGUCGCGCCCGUGUGUGUGUUUCAUUUCCCGGCGCCGGAAAAAAAGUUGAACCAUGAGCAGCCAAAGCAGCGGCAUGGCUGGCAGCCAGCACACGAGCAGCGCCCUCGCCCGCAACCACGAGAUCGAGCUGACCGCCCGGUUCUCGGAGCAGAUGGCCCAGCUGUGCAUGUCGGCCGACUACUCGGACGUCACGUUCAUCGUGGAGGGCCAGCGCAUCCCGGCCCAUCGCGUCAUACUGGCGGCGCGAAGCGAAUACUUUCGCGCCCUGCUGUACGGGGGGCUGCAGGAGACAAAGCAAGACGAAAUCACGCUCAACAUCCCGCUGAUGGCGUUCCGCUGCCUGCUCAAGUACAUCUACUCCGGCAGCAUGUCGCUGAUGCAGAUGAAGGAGGAGCACCUGCUGGACACGCUCGGGCUGGCGAACCAGUACGGGUUUGCCGAUCUGGAGAUGGCCAUCUCGGACUACCUCCGGCAGGUGUUGUCGCUGGGCAACGUGUGCGCAAUCCUGGACGCGGCCCGGCUGUUCGCGCUCGACGGGCUCACUGCCGUCUGCCACUCGUUCAUGGACCGGAACGCGGCGGACAUACUACAGCACGAAUCGUUCCGCCAUCUGUCGCUCGAUUCGCUGUGCAGCCUGCUGCUGCGGGACUCGUUCUUUGCGCGCGAGGUCGAAAUUUUCCAAGCCGUCUUCGACUGGUGCCGGUGCAACGCGGACACCGUGCCGAACGUGGACGUCGUCGUGGGGAAGGUGCGGUUCGAGCUGAUGUCGCUCGAGGAGCUGCUGACGGUGGUACGGCCGUCGGGCAUACUGGACCCCGACCGGCUGCUAGAUGCGAUCGGGGAGAAAAUUUCCUCCAAGCAGCUGCCCUACCGUGGAGCACUCUGGCCCGAGGAGAACGUUGCCACACCGAAGUUUAACUCUCGCACAAUCCACGGCGAGCUGCGGUCCGCCCUGCUGGACGGUGACACCGUGUCGUACGACAUGGAGAAGGGCUACACGCGCCACUCGAUCAGCGAAACGGGCGACAGCAGCGGCAUCAUCGUGGAGCUGGGCAAGCUGUUCAUUAUCAACCACAUCAAGGUGCUGCUGUGGGACCGGGACAUGCGCUCGUACAGCUACUACGUCGAGGUGUCGGUCAACCAGCGCAACUGGGAGCGGAUCGUGGACCACACGAAGUACUACUGCCGCUCCUGGCAGUACCUCUACUUCUCGGCGCAAGCCGUCCGCUACAUACGGCUCGUCGGUACGCACAACACGGUCAACAAGGUGUUCCACGUGGUGGCGCUCGAGGCCAUGUUCACCGAGUCGACGACGCCGGUCGUGGACGGCAUACUGCAGCCCGCGUACAACGUGGCCACCGUCGAGCGGAGCGCGAACGUGAUGGAAGGCGUCAGCCGGACGCGCAAUGUGCUGCUGAACGGGGACGUGAAGAACUACGACUGGGAUUCGGGCUACACCUGCCACCAGAUCGGCACGGGCGUGAUACUGAUACAGCUCGGCCAGCCGUACUGGAUCGAUUCGCUGCGCCUGCUGCUGUGGGACUGUGACAACCGGUCGUACAGCUUCUACAUCGAGGUGUCUGCCAACAUGACCGACUGGGAGGUGGUGGUGGACAAGCAGUCGGAGCACCUCAAGUCCUGGCAGCACUUUGCCUUCCAGCCGAAGGUGGUCGUCUACAUCCGCAUCGUCGGUACGCACAACACCGCGAACGAAAUGUUUCACUGCGUGCAUUUCGAGUGCCCGUCGCAGGAGCCGGAAUUUUUGCGCCGCGAACGAGCGAUUCCGAUCGAGGCGAGUGGGGAGGAAUCGGCGGAGGCACCCAUUGUGGAUGAAGCGCCCGUGCGGCAGGAAAGUGUUACGGACUGAUUGAAGCACAAAGAUGCUCGUUUUUCGCACUGAGUAGGCUGUGGAGCUGCCGAUGGUUGCCUAUUUUUCUAGUUUGGAAUCUCUUUCAAACCGAAACAAAUGUUCUAAUUACGCCAAAUUGGCUUCUAAAUUACUAUCUGUGAAAAGGGAUACUCUCCCUGCCCUCUCAAUACUCGCCCACUCUCCCGGUCGAUGGUGAUAGCUCUUCUCCACCCUUUAUCGAGUACAAUCGGUUUUUUUUUAAUUAUAUAUUUUACACUCGGUUUAAAAUUGUAAAAUGCAUAAAAUAGGAUAGAAAUACACGAUUAUGUAUGAA